GUCGGUAGGUGGCAGUAAUGCACAUGUAGGCUGUCUUGCCUGCUGGCAUUCAAGAAGAAGAAGCCCGUGCGGAAGGCUUUUGGCUGUUCUGUACCACCUGAUUUGUAGCUUUUAGAGCAGGUAGGCGAAAUCAUUUCGGUCCCCCUUGUGGUCAGACACUGAGCUUUUUCGUUAUUUAUCUAGCUCAGGCUAACUCCUCCUAUCGUUUUUUAACUCCGUCUUUAACACCAUUUAAUAUAGCAUCGGUUGUAGCUAACUGUUAAAAACAACGAGUGGUUUCUGCUCGCGGUCUUUGCUGCGAUUAGUUUUAUUUCUGCUAAGCCCGAGCAGCUCUGCUUCAGCUCUUGCUAACAACUCAAAGAGCGGCUGCUGACCCCAGGAUGACCUCCAGAAAAGUUGUGGAGUUGUUCUACGAUGUAGUUUCUCCGUAUUCAUGGCUUGGUUUCGAGGUCAUGUGCCGCUACAGAAACGUUUGGAACAUCGACCUCAAACUACGCCCUGCGUUUCUGGGUGGCAUCAUGCACGGAGCGGGCAACAAGCCUCCUGGUUUAGUUCCUAACAAGUUCGCGUACAUGACAAAAGAUCUCAACCGCUUGGCAGAAUACUUCAGUGUCCCCUUGCAGUCGCCUGCUGACCCCUUUGAGGUCAUGUUCCAGAAAGGCAGCUUGGCUGCAAUGCGAUUUGUGGCAGCAGUGCAAGAAAAAGAAAAGGAUGGAGAGAAGGUGGUGAAUGUGUCCCGUGAGCUGUGGAGAAGAAUCUGGAGUGAAGACAAAGACAUCACUGAACCUGCGUCGCUGUCUGAGGCAGCAGUGAAAGCUGGAUUGUCUGAAAGUGAGAUAAAAGAACUGUUGGCCAUGUCCACCUCAACGCAGGUCAAAGAGAAGCUUAAAAGCACAACACAGGCAGCUCUUGAUUAUGGGGCUUUUGGUUUCCCCAUGAUUGUGUGUCAUGUUGAUGGAAAGCCAGAGAUGUUCUUUGGAUCUGACAGAUUUGAGCUCAUGGCCCACUGCAUCGGAGAGAAAUGGCUGGGACCUCAACCCAGCAAAUCAGCUGCCAAGCUGUAAAAUGAAACCUGUUUUCAUCUAAAGACGAUUUGCUCACAGUUUUGAUUUGUCAUUAAGUUCCAUCUUUCAUUUUUCUGGAAUUAAAAUCCCAGUUUUCCAAG